CCUAGUGGUGUCCAGACUACAGCGGGAAGAGCGUCCCCGCGGUGGCUCGGCCUUCUCUGCUCUGAGAAGAGGAAGCCGGAGGCUUCGUGAGCGGGAAGUGGUCCAGAAACUGCUCAGGUGUGGAUGUAGGUGGUUGAGCAACAGACAGUCCUUCCUUCUUGAUUCUACACAAAGAUACAGCUCUCUGCAGUGCAUCUGAGAAGCAGCAGACAACCCAAAUUCUUGAGUCCCUGCCACCAUGAGGGAGACUUGGAUGGAGUUCCAGAUCCGAGCUUUGAUCUGACCCAGUCCCAGCCAUUGUGACCAUAUGGUGAUGAUAGCAUUUGAAGACCUGGCUGUGUUCUUUACUUGGGAGGAAUGGCAGAACAUGAACCAAGCUCAGAAAAUCCUGUACAGGGAUGUGAUGCUAGAGACCUACAGCAGCCUGUUCUCCCUGGGGUACUGCAUGACCAAACCUGACUUGAUCUUCAAGUUGGAGCAAGGAGCAGAGCCCUGGAUGGGGGAAGAAUGCCUACAUCAGAGCCUUCCAGUUGCCAUGAAACUGGAUGAACUGAUUAAGACCAACCAGAAAAGUCUGGAGGAAAAUCUGAAUCAGGAUGUUAUGAAAAAUAAUAAGACAUUAACUUCCAAGGGAGUUGAAUUCAGAAAAACACUUAAUUUAAGUAUAAGCCAUAUUCCAAAACUGAGUAUCAAAAAGAGAAACUAUUCAGGAAUAAAACCUGAAGAAUGCAGUGUAUGUCACAAUGUGUAUCCCCCUUGUGGGCCUGAUCAGCUACAAGCUGGAGAGAAAUUUGAUGCUACUACGGUACCUGGGAACACUCUCCAGUUCUGUGAGCCUCUUAAUGAACAGCACAAAAUUCAGACCAUGGAGCAGGCACUUGAACAAAUUAGACAAGGGAAAGUCUUCAAAAGGAAGAACAUAUUCUAUGAAUCUGAGAAGCUUUUUAUGGUAGAAACCUGUAAUAAGCCAACUGCCACUAUUGGCAAGACAACUCAAAUACUACAAGAUUUCCAUAAAAAGUCUAACCUCAGUAUACAUCAACAAAGUCCCAAAAGAGAGAACGUUUAUAAGUAUAUUGGGCCUGUGGAACCUGUCAUUUACCAAUCACAUGUUAGAAUGAAUCAUAGACCAAAUAUAGAGAAGAAAUCGUAUGCAUGUAAAACUUGUGGGAAGUCAUUCACUAAUAAAUUCUGCCAUCCCCUCCAUCACAGCACUCAUAUAGUGGAAAACCCUCAUGUGUGUAAUGAUUGUGGAGAAACCACUCACCAGAAGUCAGGUGUCAUUAGACAUCAGAGAAUUCACACAGAGUUGAAAUCUUAUAAAUGUAAUGACUGUGGGAAGUUCUUUGACCAGAAGAAACACCUCAUAAAUCAUCAGAGAAUUCACACAGGGAAGAAACCUUAUGAAUGCAAUGACUGUGGAAAAACCUUUGGCCAGAAUUCAAACCUCAGAAAGCAUCAGAGAAUUCACACAGGGGAUAAGCCUUAUAAAUGCAGUGACUGCGGAAAAGCCUUUGGCCAGAAGUCACACCUCAUAAAUCAUCAGAGAAUUCACACAGGGGAGAAACCUUAUGAAUGCAAUGACUGUGGAAAAACCUUUGGCCAGAAGCCACACCUCAGAAAGCAUCAGAGAAGUCACAGAGGGGAUAAGCCUUAUGAAUGCAAUGACUGUGGAAAAGCCUUUAGCCAGAAAUCAACACUCACAAAUCAUCAGAGAAGUCACACAGGGGAGAAACCUUAUGAAUGCAGUGACUGUGGGAAAACCUUUGGCCAGAAGUCAAACCUCAUAAAUCAUCAGAGAAGUCACAGAGGGGAUAAGCCUUAUGAAUGCAAUGACUGUGGAAAAGCCUUUGGCCGGAAGCCACACCUCAUAAAUCAUCAGAGAAUUCAUACAGGGGAUAAGCCUUAUGAAUGCAAUGACUGUGGAAAAGCCUUUGGUCAGGUGUCACACCUCAUAAAUCAUCAGAGAAGUCACACAGGGGAGAAGCCUUAUGAAUGCAAUGACUGUGGAAAAACCUUUGGCCAGAAGUCAUACCUCGUAAAUCAUCAGAGAAUUCACACAGGGGAGAAACCUUAUGAAUGCAAUGACUGUGGAAAAGCCUUUAGCCAGAAAUCAACACUCACAAAUCAUCAGAGAAGUCACACAGGGGAGAAACCUUAUGAAUGCAGUGACUGUGGGAAAACCUUUGGCCAGAAGUCACACCUCAUAAAUCAUCAGAGAAGUCACAGAGGGGAUAAGCCUUAUGAAUGCAAUGACUGUGGAAAAGCCUUUGGCCGGAAGCCACACCUCAUAAAUCAUCAGAGAAUUCAUACAGGGGAUAAGCCUUAUGAAUGCAAUGACUGUGGAAAAGCCUUUGGCCGGAAGCCACACCUCAUAAAUCAUCAGAGAAGUCACACAGGGGAUAAGCCUUAUGAAUGCAAUGACUGUGGAAAAGCCUUUGGCCACAAGUCAAACCUCAGAAAGCAUCAGAGAAGUCACACAGGGGAGAAGCCUUAUGAAUGCAAUGACUGUGGAAAAACCUUUGGCCAGAAGUCAUACCUCGUAAGUCAUCAGAGAAUUCACACAGGGGAGAAACCUUAUGAAUGCAAUGACUGUGGAAAAGCCUUUGGCCAGAAGUCAAGCCUCAGAAAGCAUCAGAGAAGUCACACAGGGGAGAAACCUUAUGAAUGCAGUGACUGUGGAAAAGCCUUUGGCCACAAGUCACACCUCAGAAAGCAUCAGAGAAUUCACACAGGGGAGAAGCCUUAUGAAUGCAAUGACUGUGGAAAAACCUUUGGCCAGAAGUCACAACUCAAAAUGCAUCAGAGAAUUCACACCAUGGAGAAAGCUUAUAAAUGAAAUGACUGUGGAAAAGCCUUUGGUCCCAUCCUUGCAUACCGAGGAUAAAUCCCACUUGGUCUGGGUGGAUGAUCUUUCUGAUGCAUUGUUAGAUUAAAUUGGCCAGAAUUUUGUUGCGGAUCUUUGCAUGUAUGUUCAUCAGGGAAAUUGGUCUAUAAUUACUUUCUCUGUUGUAGUUUUUUCAGGUUUAGGAAUGAAGGUGAUGCUGGCUUCAUAGAAAGAAUUUGGGAGAAUCACCUCUCUCUCAAUUGUUUUGAAUAACUUCAGAAGAAUUGAAGUUAGUUCUUCUUUAAAUGUCUGUCAGAAUUCAACAGUGAAGCCAUCCAAUCCUGGGAUUUUCUUUGUGGCAAGGGUCUUUAUUACUGAUAUCAUUUCCAUCUGGUUGUGGGUGUGUUUAGUUUUCCUAUAUCUGUGUUGCUCAAUUUACGUAGGUUUUAUGGAUGUCAGGAUGGUGGAAAGCCUUUUUGCUGUAAUUCAUAACUCAUAAGAUAUCAGAGAAUUCACACAGGGAAUUUUCUAUAUGACCUUUUUGUACAAGUUAUAUCUCAUGAAAUAUUAGAGAAUUCACCAAGGGGAGAAAUGCAUGAAUGUAAUAAAUGUGAAUAAGCCUUUGUGGUGCAAAUCAGACCUCAUCAAACAUAAAAGAAUUCUCAUGGGGAGAAAUUUUAUGAAUGUAAUGACUCAGAGCCUUUUACCAUAAUUCAGCCCUCACUGUACAUCAUCAAAUUCAUAUAGGGAAAAACCCCUUUGAAAGUAAAAUCCCUUUAAUUAGAAGCCAUACCUCAUAAGACAACAGGGAAUUCACAUGGGAGAGAAACAUUAUGGGUGUAAUGAGUGUUGGAAAGCUCCUUAUAUCAGAAUGCACAACAUAUAUAUCUAAUGAAUGAAAUACAUGUGAGAAAGCCAUUUCACAUAAGUAAUGCCUCAUAAUCCAUCAUGGAGUUUGAACAAGGGAGAGACCUUAACAAUAUAAUGAAGGUGGAAGAGCUUUUCCCCAAAAUUCAUGUAAGUAUUGUGAUAAAACCUUUUGCUGGAAAUCACAUCCUAUCUAACAGACUCAUGUAAUGGAGAAAGCUUAUAAAUAUUAUUAGUGUGAAAAGAUUGUCAGAAGUCAAUGGUACAUCAGAGAAUUGACACAGGUGGUUUCUUAGGAGUAUAAUGAUUGUGUAAAAACAUUUUCUUUAUUUCAGGCUUGUAUAGAUAUAGAAUUCACAAAAGGUAAUAUUCUUUGCAUGCUGUGAAUUUGAUAAAACUGUUAGCCAGAAAUUAGACAUCAACAGACUUCAGAGGAUUCAUAAGGAACAAAAUUCCAUGCAAUGACUUUGGAAAAAGUAUUUCUGCUAUAAAUCAGUCUUCAAUUCCCAUGAACAGACUCACAAAUGAGAAAACACGCAUGCAUAGAAAAGUUUUGUACCAUAAAUUAUCUCUAGAUGGUAAACUAAUAAUUCACACAAAAGAAAAAUCAUGAGUGUAAUGAAUUGGGAAACCCUUUGCUGUAAGGCAGAUUUCAGGAAGCUUAGCAAGAUUACAGAAAAGUCUCUGAAAAUGUAACAUGUCUGAAAGAAUUGUUGGCAUCACAGAGUGGAGGAUAGCUCAAGUGCAUGUGUUUUUGUGACCUGUCAUCCAAAUUGGUAUCUCUUUUUCUUUGAUGAAUUCCUUGUUUAUUUAUUUAACAGAUUUAGAGACAAAGUAUUCCUGUCCAUUGAUUUACUAUCAUAUGCCCACAAUUGCCAUGGUAAGGUCUAUGGCAAAAUCUGAGUGCUGAGGGCUGUGAAUCUGAUUCAUCACGGAUAAUGCUGAAGACAUUGAUUCCUGGUUUUUACACCACUAUGCAUGGAAAUGUUUUUCUAA